CAAAUCAUAUUUCAAGGAAGUGCUUCUGGAUUGUUUUGAUUUAUCAUUGUUGUUUUCAUUCAGGUUAUUUUGCUAAUACAGACCGCUUCAUUGUAGCAAUUAUUCAUUUUCUGCAUCAAUCGUUCGAAAAUCAGUGUGCCAUCAGCCAUAGAGCGGUAAUCACCAAUCUGUUUACUCUUAUUUUUCAAAUGAAUAUGUGUUAUCUAGUAUCUGGUCCGAUCUGUUCUGUCCGAACGCAAAAUAUCCUGUCGAAACAAUACAGGUGGAGAACAAUUGGAAAUCACUCUCCAUACAUCCUGCACCGGAUAUUCCGGAGUUUCGUCUAUUAUACCUAGUGAAACACUUUAUCAAUACACAUGUAAAGUAGCUUUCAGUGUGUUUCUGUGCUCACGAAAAAUGUUGAGGAGUUAGAUUGGAUAUCGUGGAAUUUCUAUAAGUGAAAUAGUUCGAGAAUGAGGAGAAGUAAUCCAGGGAAUGUCGUAUUGGAUGAUUUCUGCAUCAAUGUCUCUAUCAAUUCGAACAUGGAGGCAGCAUUCCGUAAGAUUCAGAAGCAAAUGGCGACAUUUCUGAUAUGGAUUGUCGAAGACAUGUCACUUACGGCAGUUCCGAGGGAUCAAUAUGGCAUCUUCAAUUCCGAGGAAUGUUACGUUAUCUAUUCAGCAUCACAGCCUGGUCAGCCGUCUGGUGUAGAUACCGUUACAAGGGAAGUGAAGAACGAAAAACUAGAAUACCACGUUCAUUUAUGGCUAGGGAGUGACACAACACCGAACAAAUCUGGAGUAGCAGCUUUCAAAACUGUAGAGUUGGAUAACAUACUAAAUGGAGUAGUCACACAGCACAGGGAAUCCCAAGACUACGAAAGUGUCCGAUUUAAAGGUUACUUCAAAAAUGGUUUAAGGAUAUUGAAGUACAACCCUCCCGGAAAAAUCAACCCAUUUCCCAGACUCUUCCGUGUUAGAGGAAAAACAUGUCCAGUUCUCACCGAAUUGAGUGAGAUUUCUUGGUCCUUAUUCAACAGUUCCUAUAUACUCAUACUUCAAACUGAUAAAUAUGUUUUCUUUUGGGUUGGUAGAUCUUCAAAUGGUAGCGAAAGAGUUCGAGCUCUUGAGAUAGCACAAGAAUUGAACACAUCGGUGCCAAAUUCAGAACUGGUGAUUAUAAACGACGGCUAUGAGAAGACAUUAUCCGAAGUAUAUAAGAAGGAAUUCAACAAAAUAAUGCCUCUGGACAAGAGAAUAAUUCUACCAGAUACAACACAUCAGGAUAACUUAGCUAACACUUCUUAUAUUAGACUCUAUAAAUGUUCGGACAACGAUGGAAAGUACAGGGUUACAGAAAUAAGAGACGGGCCACUAAAUCAUGAAGAUCUCGAAUCGGAAAGCGUAUUUAUCAUCGAUCAAGGAACCAAUGGAAUAUGGAUAUGGGUAGGAAGGAAGGCAGCAGAUAAAGAGAAAACAAUUGCUUUGAGAAAUGCCAGAGGGUUUGUCAAGAAGAAAAAGUAUCCCAGUUAUACAAAAGUAACUAGAGUAGUGGAAGAUCACGAACCAUACGAAUUCAAAAUGCUCUUCUCCUGUUGGAAUGACGAAUCAAAAAUGAAAAAUAAAGCAAAACCAACCAUUUUGAUUCAGAAAUUCGAUGCUCAAGCAAUGGAAGACAGGUCAAGUCUAGCUGCAGAAACACAACUUAUCGACAAUGGAUCUGGACAUGUCACUGUUUGGAGAAUCGACAGCCCUAGGACAACAGAAGUAACUUACGACAGACAUGGCUAUUUUUUCUCCGGAGAUUGUUACAUCGUUUUAUACACGUAUAAAACCAAAAAGGAGAAUCAUCUACUAUAUUAUUGGUUGGGAACACACGCCACCCAAGAAGACUUAGACUGUACUAUCACGAAAUUAUCAGAAAUAGAGGCUGAAUUGGAAAGCAUUGGUUUUCAAGCUAGAGUAAUUCAAGGAUAUGAACCUGCUCAUUUUUUGCAGAUCUUCCAAGGAAAAAUGACGAUUUUUCAAGGAAAAGGAAUAAUGUUUGAUAGUAAUGGUAAGAAUGCAAAGCUUCCCUCUCAAUAUUUGCUAAAAGUAUAUGGAACCAUGAAAUACGAAAGUAAAGCGGAACAAGUUCAUAUGAAGUGUUCAUCUUUAAACUCAAAUUACUGUUUCGUUCUUGCAAGAGGUAAACAAUCUUACAUCUGGUGUGGACAAUAUUCAAAUGGUGAUCACAGAGAAAUGGCCAAAGCUUUUGUAAAAAAAGAAUUUGAAAUUGUACUUGAAGGAAAAGAAAAACCAGAAUUUUUUGACCUCUUAGGGGGAAAAUCCAAUUACGACAUGAGCCUAAUGAAACAUAAUUUCGAACCAAAGCAAGUGAGAUUAUUCUGUUACUCGAAUAUCAACGGAUCCUUUUUAGCUGAGGAAAUACAGCAGUUCACCCAGAAAAAUUUGAUACCAGAAGAUGUAAUGCUCUUAGACGCAAAUGAAACAUUGUAUGUUUGGAUAGGAAAUUUGAGUUCUAAAGAAGACCACAAAUUGAGUCUGGCAUUAGCUAUAGAGUACUUGCAGAUGGAUCCGUCAGGUAGAGAUAUGAACAUUUCUAUAAUACAUGUGAAACAAGGCGAAGAACCUCCAACUUUUACUGGGUUUUUCCCGAGCUGGAACAAAAAAUUUUGGAAGCACUAUAAAUCAUUCUCAAGAUUGAUUAGAGACAUUGAAUCAUCUAGUAAAGGUAACGGUGAACAUAAAAGUAAUGGAUAUAUUGUAUUAUCCAAAACCGAAUGCGAGUUUGACCAAUAUGAUAAAUAUCCUCUCGAAAUUCUUCUUGUACCAAAUGAGAAAUUACCCUCUAGAGUAGACCCACUCAGAAAAGAACUCCAUUUAACUCAUGAUGACUUUUUAUCUGUAUUUGAAAUGAAUUACAAGGACUUCCAAGAACUUCCUAAAUGGAAACAACAAGAAAUCAAGAAAAGAGUUAAACUAUUUUGAGGAACAAUAGCUUCUAUGUAUUCAUAUUUGAGCAAUAAUUGUGUUUGAUGAAAAAGAAGUCUGAUAAAUAUUUCUACCCAAAGAAUUAAAAUUCAUAAUUUAUUUUCCAUAAUAUAGAAGUAUUAUAGUUUUAUAAAUAAAAUAUUGAAAAACAAACAAUUGUUAUUUAAUUCCUUAAACUUGUUCUAAGUUAUGAACCAAGGAGAGUAAAUAGGAAGAGCUAAAAUAUUCUUGAUACCUAAAUGAAUAUUUCCUGUUACACAUUUUUGUUCAAGGACUUCUAUGUAGGGUGUCUAUUAUAUAUUAUCUUAUUCAGAAAAUAAUGGAUUUAGUCUUUCAUAAUUUAUUUUGGUACUCAGUUUAUAUAAACAAGACAAUAAAUUGUUAAAACAUUAUCUGUUCCAAUCUUACUUAUUAAUGGAAGUAGCUGAUACAGCACUUAGGUGAAGUAUCCUUAAAGGCACAAAUCUUAUGCUAUAAAAUUAAUAAAAAUAGAAUAAUAAAUACAUAAAAAUCAAAAUGAUAAAAUUAAAUUACAUCAUUUGUACAAAUAACAACAAAAAUUUACAAAAUAAUAUUUCAAUUCAGUGUACUAUGCGGAAUGUUUAGAAAAUUUUUCACAAAAAUCACUUCAUUUUAUUCAGAAAGAUAGACAUAAUUGAAGUAAUCUCGCAAAUAAAACAAAAACGUUAUUGAAUUACUAGCACCAUCAAAGCAUCUGUCAAAUGAAACUUGAUUGAGAUAACAAUACCCGAUUUAAGAUACAACUUUACAAGAGAAAAUAAAGUGUGAUAUACUGAAAGUAUGUCCAAUAACCCACAGAUAUUAAAAAUUGUUGGGAAUACUGGAAUUUCAACUUUACUCCUUUUAUCUAUUAUAUAGUUGAUUUUUACAUGCUAAAAGCAAUGGAAUAACAUUUUGAAUUCAGACUCAAGAUAAUUACAUAAAGUACCAAUAACUUACUCUUUAAAUGUGAUAACUUAUAUGGAAGUUCUUACAUCUUAAAGAUUCUUCACGAUUUUUUAAAGAUAAAAUUAGAAGAAUUUUUUUCAGAAAAUAUGGAAUGGAUACCCAUAAAUAAAUUGAAAAAUGGCUUAAAAUCAAUGUUCAAUUAUUAACAAUUAGAAAACAAAACAUCGAUUCUAUUCAUUUCAAGACAAAUAGACAAAUGUAACUAAAAAUCAAUAGAAACAUUUGGUAUUCAAUGGGACUGUUAAUGUUAAUCUCAUAUUCUCUUUAGCCAUUCUCAACUGUUCACAUAGAGCUAGUGAAGCCAUUUUAAUUAUUGAUAUAAAUACCCAUAAUAACCAAAUUGAACUUAUUGAGUCAUACAGAAGUAAUGAAGAAGUGAAAUCAUCAUUCAUAUGAUCUUUAUGAAAGAAAACUGAUUCAUCAUGUACUGGUACGAUAUAUAAGAGGGAUAUAUUUGAUUAGUUAUUGAGAGCAAACUGAUGUAAUUCAUCCAUAUUGAUGUCAUGCACAAAUACGUAUCAAUUAUUCCUCUGCAGAUGAUUGGCUCAAAGUAAUGAAAUAAGCAACAAGAAAAAGUUUUGAACAAAAAAUAAAAAAAGAAAAUAACUUCUAUAAUAUUUCAUUACUAUGAUCUUCAAAAAUACCCUAGUCCACACUCGAAAAUGUAUCACAAUUUACACUUGCUGGGUUGGAUUGAUACUGUUCUAAUCAAAAUGAUCACCUUCAAUAAGUUCGAAAGAAGAUCAAGUUUUUAACAAGCUACUGUGAUGCAUUGCU